AUGGCUCUGUGGUUUCUGUUCUCAUUCCUGGCCUUGACUUUCGGCGAAGCUUCGGCGGAGCGCUUUGAUGAGUACGUCAAAGAUGCCGAGAGGGGGAAAGUGUUCACGGAGAGCGGCAGCGAGUGGUUGCGCGCCGCUGUUAAAAAUGUCGAGGAGCAAAACGAGGACAAAGUUGUGCUGUACCACGUCUUGCCGCUGAACGGCUACCUGAUGGCUUGGCUGGUGCAUGGCAUCACGGCCAACCAGAGCCUGCAGUGGCAGAACACACCGGGCGUUUCUGCUGAGCUGAAGUUCAGUCUCCGCCACUUUAAACCUGGCAUGAGCUUUCCUUCCUUCACACGGCACCUCUGCUGGACUGUUCAUUGGUUGAGUCGCAGGAUUCGUAGGCACCCGAAGUGA